AUGGCCAUCGACAAGGAUACCAAAGGGUGGAUCAUGACAUGCAUCAGUGCUAUUGCGUGUGUCAUUGGCUCUUCGAUCAUUUGUGUCGAUAUCGCGGUACGACAAUUUCCACGCUGGCGACACUUUUCGAUCUCGGAGAGUAAUGGCUUUCUUUCCGCAUCAUUAAGCCUGAGUUUCGGGGUCAUGUUGUUCUCUGCCCUUUACUCGAUGCUUCCGCAGUCGAAAACUUAUUUCAAAGACGCGGGCUAUUCGUCGCCCGCAGCAUCAUACCUUCUGAUCGGGUUGUUCCUAGCAGGCGCCAUAGGCAUUCAGAUCUUCUCCCGCGUCCUACAUCAAUACAUUCCCUCACAUGUCGUAGAUUGCGACCACAGCCAUGAUGAGGAGGAGGCGAAGCGUCACGAAGAAAUGUCAGAACAUGCGCCGGAUGAUGAGCAUACAAACGGUCUCCCGAUAUCCAAGAACCCCCCUGGGCAGACGGAAGAGGAGGAUGAGGACACUCCUUUACUCUCCCGAACGACCAGCCUCAGUCCCAAAAAGCCCCAAUAUGAAAGAGCUGAAGAGAAUGGAUCUGACCGCCAGCAUCCAUUCCAAGCCGCCCAGACCCAUCGGAGGUCGUCACUAGUGCCUAGAACGCUGUCGAGGACCCUUUCAAAGUAUGUGGGGAGUCAAAAGGAGAAUUGUGACGAGACAGGUCCAUGUAUGGGAUUCUCGGAUCCCUGUGGUUCAGACUGCUUCAAGGCUGUGCAGAGACGAGGUUCUGUGUUACCAGGUCACGCUCCGUUCUUACGCUCGCCCACGUGGCGAAGUGGUACGACUGAGGUACGCGUGGGGCCGACGCUGGGAGAAGUUGAUGAGAAUCCUUUGUCAAACGGAUCGAUUCCUGGACGUCAUACGACUGAGGACGCCGAUACGGGGAGCUUGAAGCCGGGGUUACACCGUACAAAGUCUUCAACGCAUCACUUCCACCACCCUGCACACCAGCAUACAAGCAUAGCAGGGUCCGAACGUCGGCCAUCUCAGCAUUCGUUUUUGGGCGGACAUGAACACCACCACCACGUCCCCACCAAUGCGUUUAUGUCAAUUGGUCUGCAGACUUCGUUGGCCAUCGCGCUGCACAAAGCUCCCGAGGGCUUCAUUACGUAUGCAACUAACCACGCAAAUCCUCAGCUUGGUUUUGCUGUCUUCAUGGCAUUGUUCAUCCACAACAUCACGGAAGGCUUCGCGAUGUCCCUACCUCUUUAUCUCGCACUUGGCUCCAGAUUUAAAGCCAUUGCGUGGUCGUCCUUUCUAGGCGGCAUUUCACAGCCACUCGGAGCUGGGAUUGCAGCUUUGUGGUUCAAAAUAGCCAACAGGAGCAGCUUGGGUGCUCCGACCGAAGGGGUUUAUGGCGGGAUGUUUGCAGUCACAUCAGGCGUGAUGGCCAGCGUCGCGUUAUCGCUGUUCUCGGAAAGUCUGCAACUGAGUCACAACAAGGGCACCUGUAUUGCCUUUGCUUUUUUGGGUAUGGGGAUUUUAGGCUUUACCUUUGCGCUGACAGCGAAAUAG